CAGCCGGAACAGCGAGGACCGUCUGUGUGGACCCCGGCCCGGCCCCGGGGGCGGUAACGGCGGGCCUGUCGGCGGGGUGCACGGGAACCCACCCGGAGGAGGAGGGUCGGGCCCCAAAGCCCGCACCGCAGUGGUCCCCCGACCCCCAGCGCCCCCUGAGGUCCUCCGAGAGAGCACCGGCCGAAGCACUGGCAUGAAAUACAGAAACCUAGGGAAGUCUGGUCUUCGUGUGUCCUGUCUUGGCCUAGGUACCUGGGUCACAUUUGGUUCUCAGAUCUCGGACGAGGCAGCAGAGGACGUGCUGACAGUAGCCUAUGAGCAUGGUAUAAACCUGUUUGACACCACCGAGGUGUAUGCAGCUGGAAAGGCUGAAAGGACCCUAGGCAACAUCCUCAAGAGCAAAGGUUGGAGGAGAUCAAGCUAUGUCAUCACCACCAAGAUUUUUGGGAGAGGACAGGCAGAAACUGAGCGAGGCUUGAGCCGCAAACACAUCAUCGAGGGCUUGCGAGAAUCUCUGGAACGUCUCCAGCUGGGAUAUGUGGACAUCAUCUUUGCUAAUCGCUCAGAUCCCAACAGUCCCAUGGAGGAGAUUGUUCGAGCCAUGACCUAUGUCAUCAACCAGGGCCUGGCUCUAUACUGGGGGACAUCCCGAUGGGGGGCUGCAGAAAUCAUGGAGGCCUACUCUGUGGCUAGACAGUUCAAUCUGAUUCCUCCAGUGUGUGAACAGGCAGAGCACCAUCUGUUUCAAAGAGAAAAGGUGGAGAUGCAGCUGCCAGAGCUCUACCACAAGAUUGGCGUUGGCUCAGUCACCUGGUCCCCUCUGGCCUGUGGCCUCAUCACUAGCAAGUAUGAUGGGCGAAUCCCAGAUCCCUGCAGGGCCACCAUCAAGGGUUACCAGUGGCUCAAGGACAAAGUGCAGAGUGAGGAUGGCAAGAAGCAACAAGCCAAAGUCAUGGACCUUCUGCCCAUAGCUCACCAGCUGGGCUGCACUGUGGCGCAGCUGGCUAUUGCGUGGUGUCUCCGCAGUGAGGGUGUCAGCUCGGUCUUGCUGGGGGUGUCGAGUGCAGAGCAGCUGAUAGAACAUCUGGGUGCCCUACAGGUGCUGAGCCAGCUGACCCCGCAGACGGUUAUGGAGAUAGACGGGCUCCUGGGGAACAAACCACAUUCCAAGAAAUAGUCUGUCGGGGGCGCAGAGACCCAAAUCUGGAGCCGCUGCACCCCUGCCCACCCAGAACUGUUUCCCCGAAGCCAAACCCCUCCAGCUCCAGAUCCCUCCACGCAGCUGCCAGAGCCAAGUGGUCCCGCCCACUAACGAGUUCCGGCUUCGAUAAUCUACACGCAUGAACAAAGCCAUAUCCUUCCGCAGUGGGGCUUGAGAGGAAAAGUAGUCCGCCGCUCCCUGCUGCGUUCUUCCAGGCCUUUCUGCUAAUACCAGGCAUGAGCUAGCUACUGGGCAAUCCCCUCUGCCAUUUGGUCUCCCCUCUUUCUCUCUUACCCCAAUAGCCGAGGGGAUAAAAAAAAAAAAAAGCUAAACGGUAGACACAAGAAACGCAGAGAACCUCAAAAGUGGCCCCUGAAAUGUCAUCAAGGGGUACUCACCUAACGAGUUGUGACGUCAUCUGGGACGAAGGAAAGUGGGGUUCUUACGAUAUGCCGUUAUGCUGCACACAGGAAGCCAGGCUGGUCCUGGCGGGAACUACAUGAUAAUCUUUAGGAACAAAGGACCCUGCCUCCCAGCCAGGAGGUGAAGAAGGGCUUAAGACUGGAAUUAGUGCUAAUACAUUGUUUCUGACAAAGGUCGAGAGAAAAUCGACGGCAGAUGUAUAGCUGGGCCAGGGCAGUCCUUGGAAAGCAGUCGGGCUGUGCGUCACAGGAAACAGUGACAGCCCUUCGGUCAAACCAGGGAUCCGGGGCUAACAUAAAAGGGUCUGGGGAUAGACUUUUGAGCCAGGACUUCUACCUGGCUUUGGAGGACUGCAGGCUUAGUUCUGGCAAUAAUCUUAAAGCAAUAAUAAUGGCCUCUCUUCUGUAAGACUUUCCAGGGAAUUGUAAAUAAAAUCUUAAUCCUUCCUCA